UAAAAGCAUUCACAUACAGCACAGACAUCUCUAACACGCCUUAGCUAAAGCAUUAAGAAUGAGGAUAACAAUAGCAGUUCUUCUGCUUCUAUACAAAUGUCUUAUAUUCAGUUUGGCUGCCACAGGUUUGACCAUGGCUACAGAACUGGUCACCUCUGAAUUAAGUACUAAAGAUGAAAACAAACAGCCGACUUGUCCUUUGAAAAUAUGCACAGAUUUACUGAAGGAUCUUGGAGCCACAGAGAAGCAACUAAAAGCUCUGGAAAUCAGACUUGCUAACAGUGAAGAUCAGAUUGAGAAAAUCAAAAGGGAACACCUAGACAGGCCAAAGGUGGCGCUUUCAGCUUCAUUAGGAUUAAAUGGUUUCUUUGGACCGGUUAAAGCAGAUUCAACACUGGUUUACAAGCAUGUCUUCAUUAAUGUUGGUGACCCCUACAACCAGCACACAGGGAUUUUCACAGCACCGGUACGGGGAGUUUACUAUUUCAGUUUCUUCUACCAUUGUGCAACUACUCAUGGAACAUCAUUAGGCUUGUAUAGAAAUGGAAAGCAAGAAGCAUUAACAAGUCACCACAAGAGUAAAGAUUCUCCAGAGAACGGAGGCAAUGGCUUAACACUGCUAUUGGAGAAAGGGGAUCAAGUCUAUAUGGUACUCCACAAGGACACAUGGAUCUGGGAUUCAGGAAAUGUCACAGUGUUUAGUGGUUUUCUAAUUGAUGCCAUGUAAAUAAUAUACACCCUGGGAACAAACAUAACAGUUAAGCAGCAUGUUAUGGGUUUACAGGUUAAGGUGAAAUACCAUUACUUAAUCCAGUCUUUGUUUGAUGUGAAUAAAACAUUGCAACAUCAAAACAA